GACCAGUUAUAGAAAGUGUCACAAGUUAUGGUACUUGUGACAUUUAAUUAGUAGAAUUAAUGCAAUUUUCUUCUUUAUAUGUUAAUUUUAAUUAGAGAAACAAAUUAAGGGAGACAGGACAGAGAUGUAUCAUUCUUCAGUGAAGAGCAUUUUUGUUGAGGAGCAAAAUGAUGUUCCACCUAUUUGCCCUAAACCUAGAAAACUUGGAUCCACUACUACUCUUCCUGAAUUCCUCAAAUCCCUAAAUUGUAACGAUAACAGCCAGAAGAAUUUUGAUGGAAAAAGUGGGAUUCUCAACAUUGUUGCUGAAAAGACAAGAGAUGGAAGAAAUUCACCAUCAUGUUACUCAGGGUCUCCUCCAGGGAGAACAAGUAAUCCUUUGGUACACGAUGUACAAUUUAUUCAGCAAAUGGAGCAUUUUUCACCUUUAACAAGAACUAAUUUGUCUGAUAAAUUUGGUUUUACCUCUGUCUCUCCAGCUUGACAAAAUACACAAACAUCACAAUUUUUUUUAUUUUUGUUUACUUAAUUAACAGAUGUAUGAGAAAUUAAGUCAAGAUCCCUUUAUAAGGGGAGUUACUUUUUUUUUUUUGUGCCUAGUGCAAGAGUGUUUUGUUAGAUUAUCGUAAAUAUUAGUAUGAAGAUUUUUUUAAUUAGUAGACAGUAGUACGUGUUAACUUUGAAAGUGACUUGUACUUAAAAUAAUAUUAUUAAUUUAAUGUUGAGUUCUUUUCA